AUGAAUCCGUCGCAGUCCCUGCUUCGCGGUAUCCGCGUGUCAGGAAUCACUUCCAACGCACCCAAUUGCGCACGACUGGCCCGCAAUGCGACCCCUCGAAGACUAUUCUCGACGACCAACGUCCGGCCGAACCGUCAGGCUGCCGAUACUCCAGAAUUUGUCUCCAUCGCGGAUGCACCGCCCAAGCUUGUCCGAGCGGGCAAGAGACACGGCCCAGGCUUGAUCAUUCUUGCAAUCAUCCCAAUCACCGCCUUUGCAUUGGGAACCUGGCAGGUCCAGCGCUUGGGAUGGAAGACCGACCUCAUCGCCAAAUACGAAGACCGGCUCAUCCGCGACCCCCUCCCCCUUCCUCCCUCCAUCGACCCUUCUGUCAUUCCCGAUUUCGACCACCGCCGUGUUGUAGCUUCUGGCCAUUUCCGCCAUGACCAGGAGAUGCUUGUUGGACCCAGGAUGCGCGAAGGCACCGAGGGCUACAUGGUUAUCACGCCGCUUCAGCGCAAAGACGCCUCAACAGUGCUGGUGAAUAGAGGUUGGAUUGAUAAGAAGCACCGUGACCAGAAGACGAGACCAGACGGACUGCCCACGGGAGAGGUCUUUGUCGAAGGCAUGCUGAGGGAACCCUGGAAGAAGAACAGCUUCACACCCGAUAACCGACCUGAGAGGGGGGAGUUCUUCUUCCCCGAUGUCAAGCAGAUGGCUGAGCUCACUGGGAGCCAGCCCGUAUGGAUUGAAGCUACUUCUGAACCCGACUUCUUAAGGAUGGUCGACUUUGAAGCCCGUGGUAUUCCCUAUGGACGGGCAGCAGAGGUCAACUUGAAAAACAACCACGCCCAAUACAUUUUUACCUGGUACAGCUUGGCUGUGGCCACCUCCAUCAUGCUUUACAUGGUCAUCAAGAAGCCUUCAUCAGAAAUAGUCCGUCGUGCCAGACACAGCAAAGGUCUGUAG